ACUCCGAGCACUGAGGAAAAGUCCGACGAUAGGCCUACUACUAAAGAAGACACGUGUAUUAAGGCUACCCCAAGCACUGAAGAGAAGUCCGACCAUACUACUACCGAAAACCUUUCUACGGCUGCUCCAAGCACUGAAGAUACGUCCGACCACACCGAAAACAUUACUAUGGCUAUACCUAUGAUCAAAGAGCAUCUAUCAUUUGAUGACCUAGAAGCCUUCAAUAGCAAUCCAAAUGAAGUGAGGGAAGCGUUUGAAAAUGAAUUUGAUGCAAAACCGGAUGGCAUCGCUUUGAACAAAGAAAUAUACUACGACGCUGUUGAACCAGCUAUUACUAAGCAAUAUGGUAACUAUAUGUACAAACAAGUCAGUGGUUAUACGAUUACAUUAGGUAGGUCUGGGGUACCAGAUGAGGCUAUUGUUGGAAGUAAAACGGCUAUCAACGAAGGUAAUACCACGGCUGAAAUGAGAGUAUCUGUUGGGGUAAACUGGGAUGAGACAACAAGUAUAUCAUCAGCCAUCACAACCGGUUUGUCAUUCACUAGUGAAAUCACUAUUAAGACUAUUUUUCGAAUGGAAGGUACGUUAUCCGUUUCUGUUUUAGCAGGGAAAACGGAGACAAAGAGUGUUAGUACAUCAUUUGUUACAUCAGUGCACGUUAAAAUCCCCCCAAGGUCAAAGAGAGAAGUCACUAUGGUCGCACUAACGGAGACGAAAACGAUUGAUUUUGAAGUUCCGAUUAGAGUGAAUGGUUGGUUUGGUGCAAACUUUCCAAAUCCUGUGAAAUCAGAUUCAGAUUCUGAUGGCCAUUAUUUUUAUUUUUUACAUGCAAAUUCUGUACUGAAAAACACAUUUGGGAAUAUUACUGGCGUUAUUGAAAAUACUAGAUUCUUCAAUACUGAAACUAAAAUUGGAAAACCUGUGCCUAUUUGAGUAUUUUUUUUCCUGAAAACGUUUAUGACGUUUACUAUGUUAAUGUUUCAUUUUUAUGUAUAACACAUAAUAAUUAUCAUAUAAGCCCAUAGAUAUACCUUAUUGUUAACUAGCUUGAAUAGCGGAAUAUAUUAUUUGGUGAAUCUGUUAUGCUUUGCGAAAAUGAACGUAGGCCUAUACGUUUAAAAAAAUGAAUAACAACAGAGUCAACAACAACAAGGACAACAACAACAGCAGCAACAUGAACAAAAACAAUAACAAUAAUAACAACGAAAAUAUUUAUUUGGACAUGCACUUUUACAUCAGACGCACACUUUGAAAAACAAAGGUGCGUCCGAAAC